AUGAAGAAACUCAGAUCAUUUCUUCCCUGGGUUUGUGGUGUCUCAUGUGGUGCUGCGGUUCCCUGCCACUCGUCCCGAUGCACGUCAACGCUCGCUAGCACCUCAUGGCACGGCAGAGAUUCGAAUGCGCCUUCACACCGUCAACAAGCGUGCCUUUCAUCAACUGAAAAGAGACUCCGACGCUCGGGCGAAAAGUUGGCGCGGCGUAGUACUUCCGCAGUGCUUAUUAAAAUAGCUGAUCUCUCGUCAACGUUACCACCGCAGGGAAUUCGGUGCUGCGAGGACUUGGAGGGGGCUCCGCUUAAUACAGAUGACCGGUUGCAGGUGUUGCUCAACACAUGCAUAAGUACCCCAUCCGCUGAGUUGUAUGAAGAAUUAAUAAGAUCCAGUGCUGCACUCUACAGGAGCUCAGCCGCGCAGCACUGGGGUUUCUACGCCCGGGUGUUGGCAAACUAUGGUGUGCAGUGCUUGGUAGAUCAGAACACUGGGAAGGCAGUUGAGGUUCUCCGGAAAGCUAUUGAAAUAAUUUCCUUCUUCGAGGCUGAUACCGCUGUUCUACACCUCCGUGUCCUUCUGGCUAAUGCUGCGGCGUGUGAGGGUCAGUACUUCGCUGCACUGUGUGAAUACGAGUCGUGUCUUGCGGUGAUGCGGGACUUUCCUGUGGAAUCGUCACUGCGGCAACUCGUUUCUGGAUCCGAGAUGUAUAUGCCUCUUAGCCGAAGUUAUAUCAAUGAAGACUACGAUCGGUUUCUAGAGGAUGAAGAGGUGGUCCUUCGUGCUUUGGGGCAGGGCCAAAAACAGGCGGAUGCGUGUGUUGACAAAGCGGAGAAAGCCCGUGUCGCAAUGACUAUGGCUCGUUUGCAGCGAAGGCGAGGAGAGAAAGACGCAAGCCUGACGCUGUACACCUCGGCGCUUCGUAUGUUGCUUGGUGCUCACAACCCAGAUUUGGAGAUCCAAGUACUGCAUGAUAUUGGUCUUCUGUUGUGUUUUGAGGUGCUAGACGUCACGCAGGGUCUACCGUACUUGCAAGCUGCAGCUGAGAUGGCGUGCGACAGAGCACGCGUGGAGCUAAACGGCCCCAACUCUGAUCAGGGCGAGAGCGGACCGAGUCACAGCAGCUACCCACUGGUGCGUACAAAUAUGGAGAAGGGGCUGCGCGCUCGCCGUGCUGUGUUAGCCCUAGUCGACACAGCUGUUUGUUAUGCAGAAAAUGAUGAGGUGGGGAAGUCGCUAGGGUUCUUUGAGGAGGCAAAGUCACUGAUGACGGAAUGUGGAAUGCAAGAACACUCCGCGUGGAUUUGUAUGAAGUACGCGGACGCACUUUCCAGCGCCUCGCUCCUUGAUGCAGCUAUACGCAUCUACCUUGAUGCCAUGGACACAAUUCGCCUUACGGAAAUAAGUGGUGAGAAGAUGCAGCUGGCAUGUAUGGGGAUGGGAAUGUAUUUGACGCAGUCGGAAGUGGAAGGUCGUCUGGCACACUGUUUUCAAACCCGUGUAGGGGAUUACCGGCGUGCUUGUGUGCAUUACUGCCAAAGCAUCCGACGGUGCGGGGUGGCGGUUCGCUGCCCAUUCCAAGUUUCACAGGAAGGCAAAACACUGGCGGAGGAGGAAAUAGAUCCAGAAACCUUGUGCUGGAUGCUUGAGAAGUAUGCCGACUGCUGUGUGCGUGUCGGAAACGUUAAGAUUGCUAAGGAGGUUUUAGAGCACCGCGUGCGUGUGGAGCAAGGUGUGGGGACACCAUGUGCUGCAGCACUGUUGCAUCUUGCCGAAUUACACUCCAACGAUAACGUUCCCAGAGCUAUCGAGCUUUACACUCGCAUUCUAUCACUCCCCCAAGAUGCAGUGGAACCGGAUACACUGCUUCAGUCGGCGUACAAUUUUAUCGCAGUUUGCUACCAAUCGAAGGACGAGGACUUUGAGGCGGGACUUUCUAACGUGCAGUGUUCCCAAUCCUCUGGUCAGGGCGAUAUGGUCGAUGAAAAUACACCGACUUCCAGUGAGCUAGCGCCAGUGGAUUACGAGAAUUCCAUUAUUGCAACAUUCAAGAAGUCGGCUAACGUUAUAUUAGCUAGUCACACCGUUAACAAGACGAAGCUGUGUACAAAUCGCGAUGACGAACUGAAGACUCUUAUGGCUCUUAGUCGUGCUGGUUUCUUUUGUCAGCGUCGUGGCUAUGAAUCAGGUGCGGAGGAGCUGUAUCGGCUUGCAGUAGACUACGCACGGCUGACUGACGUGAAAUGUAAGGAAUAUUCCCGCGAACUUGCCGUUAUGCUCGCAAACUACGCCACCGUUGUUGUGCACAAGGAUACCGAGUUGGCCAAGAAACUGUAUGAGGAAGCCGUAGCAACGUGCCCAACCGAUGAGAACGUGUCGAAUGCGGCUGCUUCCUUCUUUGUUCUGACGGCAAACUAUGCGGAGGGUCGUGCGUGUAUUGAGCGCCUUGUAGCAGCAACAACCACUAAUGCUGUACUUCAGGGGUUAUAUGGGAAACUAGCAUGGUUGGGUGUGGUUUGUUGGGAUGAACUUUUGCAUGAGGAGCGCCUUCUUUGCUUAAAACAUAUGCUCUUUGCGUUAGGAACAGAGUCUGAUGCGGUCGUUGCAGUCACUGCCAAAUCGCAACCAAACCCAUUUGCGGGCCCUCUUCCGGAGGAUUUUAAGCAGCGGCUGCUUCGUGGUGUUACGAUAUCGAAUGAUCAAGAGACGGUGAGUCUUGCUUGUUACAUAGCGCAAACGAAACUGUUUCAUGAGGGGAGGUUUAUCAACUCAUGUUAUAAAGUGGCACUAAAGCGAUUCCCUCAAGGUGCAACCAUUCUGGUAAACUAUGCGAAGUUCUGCGGUGAUUACAAUGCUGUAGUUCUCGCUCGCAAGUACUAUGCUAAGGCUUUUGCUUUGUCACACACCGAUCUGCGCAUCACUGAAUGCUACGCUCACUAUCUAGCAUUUUUGAACGGAGGGGAGCGUCAGAGAAGUGAGCACCGACAGGUUGUUUGUGGGGAAAGUUUAGUGCGUUUCCAGGUGGAGCGGAGCGCCCUUGUAACGUGCGCUAUACAGCACGCCCAGUCGCUUACACUCUAUGGUAAUUAUGUGGCAACGAGCAUGCCGUCACCAAGUGUUCCAGUAGUUUCCUUUGAAGAAGCCCUGCGGCUGAAUCCUGCCGACUCCCGCGCAACUUCCUUGUACUGUUCAUUCUUAUCCAACGUGUAUGGUAGCGCGUUGGACAUGAAGAAGAAUCCUGAGGCGAAGGAGCAGCUUGCCCGGAAGGUGACAGACUGUUAUCUCAGUUGCCUGAAACUGCAACCGCAUUCCGUGGCCGUACUGACGGGGUUGGGGAGUAUCUAUAUUGACCUUGGGGGGCGGUUCGAAGAUGCGGUGAGGGUAUUGGAAAGAGCACGACAGCUUAGCCCCAACAACCCGACAGUGCACCGUCUCCUUUGUACGGCUUUUCAUGAGGAGUGGGUGAGGGAACAGCAGUCUGAAACAACGCUGACGAACAAACGUCUUCAGUGGUUACUUACCACUACACACAAGCUAUAUGAGGCUACCAUUGCACUAGAGCCAACCAACAGUGUGGUAUUGGCAAGGUAUUGUCAAUUUGCGCAUCACGGUCUUCAGGAUAAUGCCCUGGCCACUCAGCUGAUGCAGCGUUUGCGUGAGCUUUCAAGAGAGUAG